GCUGUACGUGAGUUCUUUGCCAUGUGUGUCCUUGUUCUUUCGGCGAAUCUGUGGGCUUCCUUCCGCUUCUGAGGUUCAUUAUUGCCCAGGACCCGGGAGCUAGCGAACCGUCCACGAUGAGCGGCGUGACACAGAAUGUCGGGCAGAUGCUGAAGUCCAUGGUCAAUGUGCGCCGCUUUGAUAGAGUUUUGGAAAAGGUGACUCUUGUCUCUCAUGCUCCUGGGAGAGUGGUUUGUGAAAUGAAAGUGGAAGAAGAGCAUGCCAAUGUAGGGGGCACUCUGCAUGGUGGUUUGACAGCCACCAUAGUGGAUGACAUAUCAACGUUGGCUCUGCUAUGCACAGAAAGGGGAGUAGCCGGAGUCAGUGCCAAUCUGGACAUAACGUACAUGUCACCUGCUAAAAUAGGAGAAGAUGUAGUGAUUACAGCAUAUGUUCUGAGGCAAGGAAAAACACUUGCCUUUGCCUCUGUGGAUUUGACCAACAAGGCCACAGGAAAAUUAAUAGCACAAGGAAGACACAUAAAAUACCUGGGAAGUGGAUAAUAAGGGUCUGACCUAAAGAAACCCAAUAAUGAAUAUCAAGUGUAAAUUUGACUUUAAAUUUUCAAAAUAAAGUAGCACAACUAGAAAAAA